GGCUGUUCUCUGUUUAGGGCUCUCCUUGAGAUGUUCUCAGGGUAUCAGGAGCAGGAUGACUAUGAGGACGAGCUGUACCGGGAUGAUGCAGACUCCAGUUUGUCUGACGCUGACAGUGAACUGGAGUUCCGGCUUUAUUCCCAGCUGCACUACAGCGCUGAGAUCCAGGAGGACCGUGAGGACUCGAGAGAGGUCCAGUCAUCAGUACCACAGACUCAAACACAGCAGAAUACCUCACCUCCUGCUCCACCUGUAGAUGUUAUUGUGAUUGACUCUGGCCCAGAUGCUACCACAGUGUCAGACAACACAGAGGAAGAUGACAGCGUCUGUGCUAAGAAAGGUCAAUCAUCCAAACGCUGGAACAGCAAGUUACUUUCAGCCUGUCUACCACAAGUUCAAGCAGGAAAGAGCUCCCCAGAUGAUAUUGUGGUGUUGGAUUCUGAUUCAGACGACAGCUCUUCUGAAUCUGUACCUGCUGUACCUGUACCCGAGGAUCUGGAUUCAGACUCGGAUGGACUGGAGAACUGGAUGAUUGUGGACUGGGACAAACAGGAUGGAGAUCAGAGCAUCCAGCUCAACCUCUCCUUACCAG